AUGCAUACAAACAGUGAGUUUGAAAAAAUAGCUAUAAUUGUUAUACUAUCCGGUUGUGGACUGGCUAUUGCACUGGCAUUUGCUGUACUAAUAUGCUGUCAAUUGCUUAUUAAGCCUAAAUACUCCCGCUAUGGAUGUGCCGAUAGUGUCAUAGUAUUUGAAAGGCAAACGACAACAUCGGACGAAAAUAAUAUCGACUACAAUAGCGGCUGUUUUGAGGAUAGCUUCUACACUCGCGACUAUAAUCCGGGCGCCGAUAGCGAUACCAAUCCGGACACUUGUGUCAGUUCACCUAAUACGGUGGUUGCCGUACAGACACACAACAACUGUAUGGUAUCGACAACGACGCCGAGCAGUACAACAACAUCGCCGACGCCGACAACGGCAAUAGCAAUGGUCACCACUGUUUCAGCCGCCGCCGACACCACCACCACAACUACAUCCCCAUUAUCACAGCAUUCAAAUGGCGCACAUACACCACCAUUGUCACUACCAUCAUCAUCAUCAUCAACAACAGCAGCACCAUUACCAUCAUCAUCAUCGUCAUCAUCAGCACAACCAUUAUCAUCAGCUCUUCCUAAUUUACAACAACGACAACGAUCGUCAUCUCAUCAAGUCAAAUUUUCUACCCGACCACCAUUGGUUAGUACACGCAAAACAUCGCUUCCCUGUAAAUUUGUAACCAUUUGCUACGAUAAUAAAACUGAUGAAAUUGUAUCAAAUGAUAGUCACCGGAAAARAGGUAAUAAUGGCCAACAAAGACGAUUGUCGGCCGGUAUUAUUAGGCAAAAAAGUUUUGAAGACAUCGAAGAAGAUAUCAGUUAUAAUAAUCAACAAAUUGAAUUAUCGGAAAGACGUCGCCGAAACUCUUUGGAGGACAAGACCAUUGAUAAGGAUGUGUUGCGCCGUCAGUAUAAAGAUCUCUGGCAUUUGAGGACCACCUAUGAGGCCGAAGAGGACGAGUCGUUAGACCAUCAGUCGCUGGACGCGGCAUCGGCAGCGACGGCAGCAAACAUAGUAGUGGUCGCCGCUGUCGCCGAACCUGCCGAUAGUCUACCGAUAGUUGGACCCCAGAAACUGACCAAAAAUGAUUCGGGUUAUAAAUCUAUUGAACGCCGAGACUAUUCAAUUGACUAUAAAAGUGAAUAUAUUUACCGACAAUUUACGACACAAACAUCGACAGCAGCACCGAUAGUACCGCAACAACAACAACAGCAACAGCACCGGGCGCUCAGUAUAACUCAUCAACAGAGCAUUAAAGAGGAACAGGAGACCGAUAUUCAUGCAGUUUUUGUAUGA